AUUUUGGAAGGUUCGCCGCCCAAGCUCUCUGGCAUGAAUACCUACUUAUUCAUUUUAAACACUUUACAGGCUAGCCAAACACACCGCUUAAAAGCCAAACAGAAUAGCAUAUAAAUCAAUUACUCCUGAAACUCUUUUCAACCCUAAAAGGCCUGAAAUUAAUCAUCUCGUAGUAUCUGCAUGGAUGAUGCACUACCGUUGUCUUGCAAGACUUCAUUUUGCCUUGAUCACCAGCAUAUGUUGCCCACUGGGCUUGGAUGGAUAGUCAGAGCCAUCAGAAUUCUAGAGAGCGGUAAUUUAGAGGUGGUGUUUUUGAGAUGGUCAGAGGAAAACUGGUAACAGAGGAUUUGGACAUCUGUUUUCAGAAACUCAUUGUCGGAGGGAAGAUGGGAGGGGGAGCGAUGACUGAUUGGAAGGACAUUCCAAUGGAGCUUCUCUUGCGCAUUGUUUCCCUGGUCGAUGAUCGGACAGUCAUCAUGGCUUCUGGUGUGUGUACGGGAUGGAGGGAUGCAAUUUGCUUGGGGCUGGCUCAUCUCUCUCUGUCUUGGUGCAAGUACAACAUGAACAACCUUGUAUUAGCACUUGCCCCCAAGUUCACAAAGUUGCAGGUUCUAACAUUACGCCAAAAUGUGCCACAACUUGAGGACAAUGCUGUUGAGACCCUUGCAAGUUACUGCCAUGAUCUGCGUGACUUGGACCUAAGCAAAAGCCUCAAGCUGACUGAUCGUUCCUUGUAUGCCUUAGCCCGUGGCUGUCCCUGCCUUACUAAACUAAACAUCAGCGGGUGCUCAGCCUUCAGUGAUACUGCCCUUGAACAUCUGACCAGUGUGUGCAGGAAGUUGAAAAACUUGAAUCUUUGUGGAUGCACCAGAGCUGCAUCCGACAUAGCUUUGCAGGCUAUUGCAGAUAACUGCAGUCAGUUGCAGUCCUUGAAUCUGGGUUGGUGUGAGGGGGUCAGUGACUUAGGUGUGAUGAGCUUGGCGAUGGGGUGUCCAGAUCUAAGGUCUCUGGACCUUUGUGGUUGUGUUCUUAUUACAGACGAGAGUGUGAUUGCUUUGGCAAACAGGUGCCAUCAUCUCAGAUCCCUCGGUUUAUAUUACUGCCAGAACAUUACCGACAGGGCCAUGUAUUCACUGGCUAACAGCCGGGUGAAGGACAAGCAUGACGACCUGUGGGAGUCUGUGUUAAGCAGCUACAGUACUGAGGAAGGCCUUAUGAAUCUUAACAUCAGCCAGUGCACGGCCCUCACCCCGCCAGCUGUUCAGGCUGUUUGCAACUCGUUCCCGGCGCUCCACACCUGUCCUGAGAGGCAUUCCCUCAUCAUCAGCGGUUGUCUCAACCUCACAUCUGUGCACUGUGCAUGCGCCGUCCAGGCUCACCGUGCAGGGAGGAGGGCAAUCCCUCAUCAUGCACACUGACCAGUAGCAUGGUAAAAACUUAUGUAGUGUGAAUAAAAAUGGCCAUCUGUUGGAAGGAAAACUUGAGCUGCGUUUGGAUGCUUUGUUGAACUGAAUUGUAAUCAAUUUAAAUUAAUUGUGGAGGAAAUGGCCAAAGUGGGGAAGGCAGCCUUCAGUUCAAAUUGACAACCAAACCUUCAACUGCAUUCCGUGGGUUCUUCAAAGCCACCAAUUGCAAUUGUGAAUAAUAUUGCUCAUUGUCAAUGGAGUGAGGCUGGUAUUGCUUUGGUCAUUUCCUUGUUUAUUGAAUUGAA